CCAAGACGAACCCAUGAUGUCUCUGCUUUGAGGACACCGCAAAUGGAGUUCCCUCUUGAAGAGCCUUUCCAUCCUUAGCCCUACCUUUGCCUAUGACACUUGGAGAGGCACCCCAGCAUGCCCUCUGCUUAGAAAGGGCUUGUGGGAUUUCUCCUUGAUGGUGCCUUGUGGGCCCUUCUGAGCUAGAUGCAAGUGCUGAAGGUGGUUCUGCUUAAGCCCCCUUUUGUGGAUGUUGUGAAGCCUCCCUGCCACAUCACCCCAUGCCUAGUCACUCUCUCACAGGGCUGCUGACUCCUCUCUCUCUCCACCAUAGUCCCUGAUCUAGAUCCCUACACCUGAAGUCCACCUAUCUGCAACAAACCCUUUGCUCUGCUUAAUGCCAUGGCUGUCUUCCUAUUUCCCACUCCCUGACAGUAAUGUCAGUGCUCAGGCUGUGAUGGGAGCAAGAGCUCCUGAGCACGGGAGCUUGCAGCUGCAGGAGGGCAGAGAUGAGGCUCUCACUGGUGGCUCCCGUGGGCACCGCAGGCAGCGAGCGGCCGAGCAGCUUUUCCGUGUGGCUCCGGAACGGCACUGCCGGGUCCCUCCUGCCGGGAUGCGCGGGGCUCGAGGCCGGGGCAGCGCCGGGAGGGCAGGGCCAGGAGGCUCCCUCCCUGCCUCCGGCUGCCGGGGCGCCGCGCUCCUCCGCUGCCCGCCGAGCUGCCCCGCGCCCCGCCCCGCGGCCGCCUCCUCCUCCGCCGAAGGGGCCGCGGCCCCGCGGGGGGCGGUGUGGGCCGGGCGUGGGCGGGCGGAGCGGUGGGCGCUGCCCCGGCGAGGGCCCGACUUGUGGUGCGGGCAGGAGCGGCCCGAGCUUGGCCCCGCUCUGCUGCUGUCCGCCUCCCGCCGGGCGCGGCAGGGCCCGAUGGCGGGCGGGCUGGGGCCGCGGCUGCUGGCCUUGGCCUUGGCCUUGGGGCCGGCAGGUGUUUGGGCUGAAUUGAAGCUGGUGGAGUCUGGUGGAGGUCUGCGAGCUGGAGACUCCGUGCAGCUCUCUUGCCAGGGAUCCGGAUUCAGAUUCCAAGAUUUUUCUGUCUGGUGGUACCGUCAGGCACUUGGUGGAAGCCUCGAAUGGGUGUCCUACAUAAACUUUGAUGUUAGAACAACAAAAUAUGGUAAAGCAGUGGAGGGCCGAGUCACAGCCUCCAAGGACAAUUCCCAGUCCAAAGCCUACCUGUCCCUGCGUGCCCUUCUACCCCAGGACUCAGCCCACUACUUCUGUGCAGUUCGCACAGGGACAGGAAACCCAGCUGCGCUUUAACAUAAACCUGCUCCCAGGGUC